CGGAGCGGAGGGAUCCAUACGCUGGAACCGCCCGUGGCGGGGCGGGGAGGAGGGGGCGAGUGAUGCGGCGCGGCCGGGCUGGCUGAGGCGAGAAUCCCAGUAGCUAGGCAGCCUCCCUCUUUUCUUUCCUUCCUUCCAUGUAGGAAGGGAGAGACAUCAAUGGAAAGGCUGAAAUACGUAUAGAUGGACUUUCAAAUGCAUUUUUUCUUGAAAGAGGACGAUAAAUCCCAGUUGCCGGUGCACUGACUUUUUUAUUGCUGUUGCAUUGCUUGGUAAAAAUGGGGUUCGCUUACUCCAGCUAAAUCCUCGGAGCAUUUCAGAGUUGCUACAGUGGAGGACUUCUCCUGUUUUUUGCAUCAGAGGACCUGCAUUGAUGUUAACCAUCUUUUUGUAAAAUGGAGAACGAAGUAUUCACACCCCUUUUGGAGCAGUUCAUGUCUAGCCCUCUUGUCACCUGGGUUAAGACGUUUGGACCGUUAGCUGGAGGAAAUGGGACCAAUCUGGAUGAAUAUGUGGCGCUGGUGGAUGGCGUGUUUCUGAACGAAGUCAUGCUGCAAAUUAACCCAAAGUCUGCUAAUCAGAGGAUAAACAAAAAAGUAAACAAUGAUGCAUCAUUAAGGAUUCAAAAUUUGUCUAUUUUGGUGAAACAGAUAAAAACUUACUAUCAGGAGACUUUGCAGCAGCUGAUCAUGAUGUCUUUGCCAAAUGUAUUGAUAAUUGGCAAAAAUCCUUUUUCUGAGCCAGGUACUGAAGAAAUAAAAAAACUCCUCCUCCUUUUACUUGGCUGUGCAGUUCAGUGUCAGAAAAAAGAAGAAUUUAUUGAAAGAAUCCAAGGUCUGGAUUUUGACACACGAGCAGCUGUUGCAGCCCAUAUCCAAGAGGUAACUCAUAAUCAGGAAAACGUGUUUGAUCUGCAGUGGAUGGAUGUCAUUGUACUGACACAAGAGUAUGUUGAACCUCUGUUGAAAAAUAUGGCGUUGCAUUUAAAAAGACUUAUAGAUGAAAGAGAUGAGCACUCAGAGACUAUCAUCGAGCUCUCAGAAGAGCGGGACUGUCUCCGUUUCCUACCUCACGCAUCAGCAGCACAAUCACCUUGUGGAUCUCCUGGCAUGAAGCGCACUGAGAGCAGACAGCACCUGUCAGUGGAGCUCGCAGAUGCCAAAGCAAAGAUAAGAAGGCUUAGGCAAGAGCUUGAGGAAAAGACUGAGCAGUUGCUUGACUGUAAACAAGAACUUGAGCAGAUGGAAACUGAACUGAAGAGACUUCAGCAAGAGAAUAUGAAUUUACUGUCAGAUGCCCGUUCUGCCAGGGUGUAUAGAGAUGAGUUGGAUGCUCUUCGUGAGAAGGCAAUACGAGUCGACAAGCUUGAAAGUGAAGUCAGCCGGUAUAAAGAGCGGCUGCAUGAUAUUGAAUUCUACAAAGCUAGAGUGGAGGAGUUAAAGGAAGACAAUCAAGUGCUGCUAGAAACAAAGACAAUGUUGGAAGAUCAGUUAGAGGGGACACGAGCCCGUUCCGAUAAAUUACAUGAGUUAGAAAAAGAGAAUCUACAACUAAAAGCUAAAUUACAUGAUAUGGAGAUGGAGCGUGACAUGGACAGAAAGAAGAUUGAGGAACUCAUGGAGGAAAAUAUGACUCUAGAAAUGGCUCAGAAACAAAGUAUGGAUGAAUCAUUGCAUCUGGGCUGGGAACUUGAACAGAUAAAUAGGACUACUGAGCUUUCUGAAGUGCCACAGAAGUCACUUGGUCAUGAGGUGAAUGAACUGACAUCAAGCAGAUUAUUGAAGCUGGAAAUGGAAAACCAAAGUUUGCUGAAGACAGUGGAAGAAUUACAAAGUGCAGUGGGUUCUGUGGAAGGCAGUACUUCAAAGAUUCUGAAAAUGGAGAAAGAAAACCAAAGACUUAGCAAAAAGCUUGAAGAGCUCGAGAAUGAAAUUAGCCAAGAGAAACAAAGUCUUCAGAACAGCCAAAAUUUGAGUAAAGAUUUGAUGAAAGAAAAAGCACAGUUUGAAAAGACACUGGAAGCACUUCGAGAAAACUCAGAGCGACAAAUUAAACUAUUAGAACAGGAAAAUGAACACUUGAAUCAAACAGUAGCUUCUCUGAGACAACGCUCACAAAUCAGUGCUGAAGCAAGAAUGAAAGAAAUUGAAAAAGAGAAUAAGAUCCUUCACGAGUCUAUUAAAGAGACCAGCAGUAAGUUAAAUAAGAUUGAAUUUGAGAAAAAACAAAUCAGGAAAGAACUGGAACACUACAAAGAGAAAGGGGAGAGGGCAGAAGAACUUGAGAAUGAGCUGCAUCACCUCGAGAAAGAAAACGAGUUGUUACAGAAAAAAAUAACUAACUUAAAAAUUACUUGUGAGAAGAUCGAGGCCUUAGAACAAGAGAACUCAGACCUGGAAAUGGAGAACAGAAAGCUGAAAAAAGCUUUGGAUAGCCUAAAAAAUCUCACUUUUCAAUUAGAAUCCUUAGAAAAGGAGAAUUCACAACUCGAUGAAGAAAACUUAGAGUUAAGGAGAACGAUUGAAUCCUUGAAGUGUACCAGCAUUAAAGUGGCGCAGUUACAGUUAGAAAACAAGGAGCUAGAGAGUGAAAAGGAGCAGCUUAAAAAAAGCCUUGAACUCAUGAAAGCCUCAUUUAAGAAAACUGAACGCUUGGAAGUCAGCUACCAAGGGCUAGACACAGAAAACCAAAGGCUACAGAAAGCCCUCGAAAACAGCAAUAAGAAGAUUCAGCAACUCGAAAGCGAAUUACAGGAUUUAGAGUCUGAAAAUCAGACUCUGCAAAAGAACUUGGAAGAGUUAAAAAUCUCUAGUAAGCGCCUAGAGCAAUUGGAGAAGGAGAAUAAGUUGUUAGAACAAGAGACUUCUCAGCUGGAAAAAGAUAAGAAACAGCUAGAAAAAGAAAACAAAAGGCUUCGGCAACAAGCAGAGAUUAAAGACAGUACUUUAGAAGAAAACAAUGUAAAAAUUAGUAACCUGGAAAAGGAAAACAAAUCUCUAUUCAAAGAAAUAGUUGUGUAUAAAGAGUCGUGUGGACGCCUGAAAGAGCUGGAAAAAGAAAACAAGGAGCUGGUGAAAAGGGCCACCAUUGAUAAGAAAACCCUGGUCACUCUAAGAGAGGACUUGGUGAGUGAAAAAUUGAAGACCCAACAAAUGAACAAUGAUCUAGAAAAACUUGCCCAUGAGCUUGAAAAAAUAGGCUUGAACAAGGAACGUCUCCUGCACGAUGAACAGAGCAGUGACGACAGCAGGUACAAGCUUUUGGAGUCUAAAUUAGAAUCCACACUGAAGAAGUCUCUGGAGAUCAAAGAGGAAAAAAUUGCAGCUUUGGAGGCUCGUUUAGAAGAAUCAACAAAUUUAAACCAGCAGCUCCGUCAGGAACUUAAAACAGUGAAGAAGAACUAUGAAGCUCUCAAGCAAAGACAAGAAGAGGAAAGGAUGGUUCAGAAUUCUCCUCCAAGAAGUGGAGAAGACAAUCAACCUGUCAAUAAGUGGGAGAAAGAAAAUCAGGAAACUACUAGAGAGUUAUUGAAAGUUAAAGAUAGAUUAAUCGAAGUGGAAAGGAAUAAUGCUACGCUGCAGGCAGAGAAGCAAGCACUGAAGACACAGUUAAAGCAACUUGAGACACAGAACAGCAAUCUGCAGGCUCAGAUUCUUGCACUUCAGAGACAGACUGUUUCUCUACAGGAGCAAAACACAACUCUACAAACUCAAAAUGCCAAGCUACAGGUUGAAAAUUCCACCCUUAAUUCUCAAAGCACAUCUCUCAUGAAUCAGAAUGCACAGCUAUUGAUCCAGCAGUCUGCUUUAGAAAAUGAAAACGAAGGUGUGCUCAAGGAGCGUGAAGAUCUGAAAUCACUCUACGAAUCCCUUCUCAAAGAUCACGAGAAGCUGGAACACCUGCAUGAACGCCAAGCUUCUGAGUAUGAAUCUCUGAUUGCUAAACAUGGAAGUCUGAAAUCUGCACACAAAAACCUGGAGGUGGAGCAUAAGGACUUAGAAGAUAGGUACAAUCAGUUGCUGAAACAGAAGGUGCAGCUGGAAGAACUGGAGAAGGUACUGAAGAUAGAACAGGAGAAGAUGCUGCAGCAGAAUGAAAAACAUGAAAGUGUGGCAGCAGACUAUAAAAAACUUUGUGAUGAAAAUGGAAGGCUUACUAAUACAUACAGCCAGCUCUUGAGAGAGAAUGAAGUUCUCCAAACUGAUCAUAAGAAUUUGAAGACGUUACUGAACAAUUCCAAACUCGAACAAACACGAUUGGAAGCUGAGUUUUCUAAACUCAAAGAGCAGUACCAACAGCUGGAUAUUACAUCGACAAAACUAAAUAAUCAGUGUGAGCUGCUUAGCCAGCUUAAAGGCAACCUGGAGGAGGAAAACAGACAUCUGCUAGAUCAAAUUCAGACAUUAAUGCUACAGAAUAGAACGUUACUUGAACAGAAUAUGGAAAGCAAGGAUCUCUUCCAUGUAGAGCAAAGGCAGUACAUUGACAAGUUGAAUGAACUAAGGCGACAAAAGGAGAAGCUGGAGGAGAAGAUAAUGGAUCAGUAUAAAUUUUAUGAACCAUCUCCACCAAGAAGAAGGGGCAACUGGAUUACACUCAAAAUGAGGAAGCUGAUAAAAUCUAAGAAGGAUGUUAAUCGAGAACGUUUGAAGUCUGUGACCCUUACGCCUACCCGCUCGGAAUCCAGCGAAGGAUUUCUGCAGCUGCCCCACCAGGACAGUCAGGAUAGUUCCUCUGUGGGCUCAAACUCUCUUGAAGAUGGCCAGACCUUGGGGACCAAAAAGAGUAGUAUGGUUGCACUGAAAAGACUGCCCUUUUUGAGGAACAGACCGAAGGAAAAAGACAAAAUGAAGGCCUUCUACCGUCGCUCCAUGUCCAUGAAUGACCUGGUGCAGUCCAUGGUCCUAGCAGGAGGACAAUGGACAGGUAGUACUGAGCAUCUGGAGGGUCCUGAUGAUAUAUCUACGGGUAAAAGGAGGAAAGAAUUGGGAGCUAUGGCCUUCUCUACUACAGCUAUCAACUUUGCAACUGUCAACUCUUCUACAGGCUUCAGAUCCAAGCAGUUGCUAAAUAACAAAGAUACUACAUCCUUUGAAGAUGUAAGUCCACAAGGUAUUAGUGAUGAUUCUAGUACGGGAUCAAGAGUUCACGGAGUACAGGACAUUAUCUGUGCAGAUGCUCUUGCUCCUCCUGUUCGUGGCAUUUCAACAAUGUGCAAGGUUCCUUGUCAAAUCUGUUCUUCCAGACCAGCCAGCCUUGAUAGUGGCAGAACAUCCACUAGCAAUAGCAAUAACAAUGCUUCACUCCAUGAAGUCAAAGCAGGUGCAGUUAAUCAAAGCAGGCCACAGAGUCACAGCAGCGGAGAGUUCAGCCUGCUCCACGACCACGAGGCUUGGUCUAGCAGCAGCAGCAGUCCCAUUCAGUAUCUGAAAGGUCACACAAGGUCCAGUCCUGUGCUCCAGCAAAGAACAUCAGAAACACUGGAUAGCCGUGGGAAACAGAUGAAAACCGGUUCUCCUGGGAGUGAAGUCGUUACCCUGCAGCAGUUCUUAGAGGAAAGCAACAAGAGUACCUCGGGAGAGCUGAAAUCUGCAAGCGAAGAGAAUCUUUUAGAUGAAGUAAUGAAAAGCUUAUCAGAGUCUGCAGAGCUGACAGGGAAGGACAAGCUGAGAAGACAGCCAGGUGCCGGCUGUGGUAUCGUCAGAUCGUUCAGUGUGAAAAACACAAUUGAGUUCUCAGAUGGACGGUCCCUUAAACCAGAGCAACUCGUAAGGCCCAGCCUUCGUAGAAGUGAUGAUACCUAUUUCACUAGCUCUCCAAUAAAAUUCACAUCAGGUGCUCAAGGGAAGGCCAGAUCGGUUAAAGACAAGAUGCAAAGCGUGUCCCAGCGACAAUCGAGAGAUUGCAACCCUUACGCCACCUUACCUCGCGCCAGCAGCGUGAUUUCCACGGCAGAGGGAACCACUCGAAGGACAAGCAUUCAUGAUUUUUUGUCUAAGGACAGUAGGCAACCUGUCUCAGUCGAUCCAGCACCCUCCACCGCUGACAGAAGUGUUCCAGCAACUUCUAAUGUGGAAGCUAUGCCAGAAAGCAGAAAUUCAAAAAGCAGGUCUAGGGAGCAACAAAGCUCCUAAUUCUAUUACCCACUACAUGAGAUGUGGGCCAAGUGAGAGAAAAGUGUCCUUCAGUAUCUCAGUGUGAAGCCUUUGUAUCUGAAGUAACAAGACAGCGACUGUAGGAACCAUUAAUAAAAAAUAAGGGAAUUUUUUACACUCCUCGUGACUAGAGCAGGCAAGAAAUAAAAACCUACCUACCUUCCUUCCUUCCUUCCUUGAAUCAAGGAGCUCUACUGGAGUCUACUGCUGGAAACGUGUAGAUGGUCUUAGGAAUUAUUGCACAUUGCACUGUUAAGAUCUACUCAAUAAAGGACAGUUCUCAUCUCCCUAAGGACCAAGAGUUUUAAGGUCUCAAGAAUUACUCCAGGAAAAACAAAACAAACUUCUUUCAUCUCCUGUUUAUGAAAUUAGCCACUGAUUUGCUUAAGCUUCUGCUAAUAAUCAGCCAAAAAAAACCCCACACCCCCAUAACUAGCAGUUCCUAAUCUGUAAAUGCUGUAGCAUUUUGUUGAAAUUGACUGUAUAUACAGGUACCAAAACCUCCCAGCUUACUGGCACUUGACUGCCUUGUUUGGUUAGCAUAACGUGCAUGAAACUGCUCUUCACCAAGUUUACGCUGACUUUUGUUGCGUUCUGCAAGAGAAGAAUUUGUUUCCAUCCCCAGAAGUCGGAUAACUAACAGAAGUGGGAGUCAUGGGAUAAUGGUGUUAUGUAGGAAUCGUUUGUCAUUCGUGUUUGCCACGUUCCCAAGUCACUCAGCAUCUCUGUGUUCAGAUGUUGCUGACAGGAACUCGUCAGCUAGGAUUUUUCGUUUCAAUAGGAGGCUGUUUCCAGCAGACGGCGUUUCCAGGAGGAGCCUCGUCUGAUGAUGUUUGUGUAGCGACUGAUCUCUUUGUUUGUCUUUUGACAUGAGCUGAUUGUGGCUUAGGAGGUUUCCUGAUGGCAAGAAGAAAUGUAAAUAUAAUAUCAUAUGCAUUUUACAAUCAGCUCCACCUCAGGCUGCCUUUUAUUAGGUGCAUUUUGUUCACUGUCCAUUUACAUCGGAGUCAACAAAUGGUAUCGGCACAUUCGGUGAGUGCACACAUUUGUUGUCUGGGAAGCAUUUGCAGAGAGCUCAGAGGAAGGGUACCUGAACUUAACAACCAGAUCCCACAAUGAGCUAUCACCAGUAUAUUUUAUUACAAGCCAGGAAGCACGUGGAUAUUCCUAUCCUAAAGGGUUAACUGUGUAACCUCCCAGUCUUCCAACAGGCACCUAGGUACCUGCAGCCCCAGGUUUUAUCCUUUAGAAAGUUGCAAGCUGUCAGAGGCAGUUGGAACAGGAGCGUUUCUCAUCUGAGAGAGAGUGCAAUUCACCAGCUUCAGAAGCUCACUGGCAAGUCAUUUCCUUUCUUUUCCUGAUAUUUUGUCCAAAAGGAGGAAAGUUCAAUAAGCUUUAGGAGGGGAAAUUUUCUUGUGGGUCUUUUUUUUUUUUCCCUUGAAGUGAUUUCCUUCUGAAGGACUUUUUAUGAUAAAGUGUGCUAAAAGGUCUGGAUCUAAACAGGGUAUCUUGGGUUUACAACAGAAAUACUUGGCUCAGACUGGGAUUGUUUUCACACAGAAUUGAAACACUUCUGGGGUUUUUUUCUGAAGUGAAAAUAAGACCCAUUUGGCUGCUCCCUGGUUUUGGUAUUUCACUAAACCCAUUGGAUUGUUCUGAUGACCAUUUCUGGUCCCUUAUCCUCAGCAUCAGGAUGUUGGCUGAUUCAGUGGAAGCACAGUGAGUUUUGAGCGCAUUGACACAGAUGAGCAGUCCCAGGAGUGAUCUGCAGCCCGGAUCACUCCUGAAACCCAGCCCCACAGCGGUUUUGUACGGUCAGCCUGAGUUCAGCUGUGUUUGGAAUCAGUUUUCCCACGUGGUAACUGACAGGGUGAUGUCUCUGAGAAGGAUUUGGGGCACUCCAGGCCGUGCAGUGAUGGCUGGGAGGUGUCACCAGAGGGGUGGGUGGCUGUGGCAAGGAGAGGUGACAGGUAGCUGAUGUGUUCCUGUGUGCACUCAGAGCUCAGUUUCUCCCCCAGUGAGACAGAGCAGUGAGCAGCAGGAUCUGGUGCCAAGCUGGUGUCUGUGCCAGUCCCGACCACAGCGGAGACCAAGCUGCAGAGACUGAAGGGAAAGCUUCCUUUGCAGAACUCUGCAGACAGAGGUACCACAUCUGGGGUGCUGGGAGCCCUCACUAAAGGCACUGCUGAUGUGACAGAGAAUUGAAGUUCCAGUAAACCUCCAUUUCUGCAUGACAGUGUUUUUCAGGCCCGUUGCAGGGUCUGGUUGUGACUGGCUUCUCCUCGCCCUCAUACACCAGAUGCCUGUCAUACUCUGAAGCCCCAACCAUUGAGUAGCGUUACUGUUGUUACAAGGUGUGUGUCUUGAAUGACCAGAUUGAAACUGUAGUGCCAAAUGCUGUUUCUCUUGGCAGAGUCCCAGCAGCUGUGUGUGUUGAGGUAGGUUCCCCAGGCAGGAGUGGUGUAUCACCAUGACUGCAUGGCACAGCGUUGCUGGGCACCCCUCACCCGCCUGCACCACGCUUGGCUGUGUCCCUGUCCUCACACAGCCGUCUCCUGAGUGGUAUUUAUUAGCUCAGCUCUUUCCUGUAUUCAUUAGGUUGUCCAAAAUUAGCUGUCACAACUUCUAGGCUUGCUUUUUGCAUAGUACAAUGCCUUCCGAAAGCAUCUGUGUGGCCACAGCCAGGGUCUGUCACAUGUGACUGGGAAGGUGUGUUAGAAGUGAGCCCCCCUCACCCAAAACCUAAGCAAAGGUUUCUUGUUUGGGAGAGAAUAGGCAGGAGUUUGGGGGCAGAACUCAUCCAGAGUCCCAUGGAGGUCCCAGCCAGUGCCUGCCUGUGCCACUGCAGGCAGGUUUCAACCCACUCGGUCUGCACCAAGUGCAGAGGCCAGAGCAGGGUCUGGGGUUGUAUUUGCUGCAUUAGCCAAAAGCAGCACCAGGGACACAUUUGCAUGGGAGAGAUCAGGAUUUACUUCUGAUCAUUUGCAGAGUUUCAGAGCAGAACAGUCAGGAGGUUCUCUGUGCUCUCAUGAUUUUUGAAUGAUUUUCCUUCCAUCCUCUUUCCUUUCUCUGCCCUUAAAAUGGAAUAAAACCCCCUUUUCUGACCCCCAAACUCCCAGGGGAAGAGCACGGUGUGUGACACAGCGUGCAAGAGCACACAGCUUUUUACUGCAAGAGGUGCCAAACCUGACACUGCUGGUCCAAGACAUAGUUGUGCAUCAUGUGUCGUUUCCCUUCCCUCCUCUGAUAGUCUGCUGAGGAUUUAGCUACAUUCCCAACACCUAUUAUUUUCCCAAGACAUGAUGCAGCCUCACCAAGGGAGCUCAUGGAUGAUUUUGAGAGGUAGAGGAUAAUGUAUAUGUAAAUAAUGCUUUGAUAUUAAUAAAACUGCCUUAAAGGAAUGUACCUAGGUGUGAAACAAAAAGCUCUUAUUUAAAACUGUAAUUUCCUUGACAUAUGGAUUUUUUUAAUGUUUGCCAUUGUAUACAUUUAUUAAUGAUGUUAUUAAAAUGCCAAACCAAAUAGUUUUUUCACUCUUCUUUUGUGUGUACCUCUCCACACACCUUUCCUGGGAGCUGGUGUAACUGGAAGGGGUCAGGGCUCCGUGCUGGUGACGUGCUCGAUGUUUCUGGACAGGAUGUAGUUUGUUCCACGUUGUUGAUUUGUGUUUGGGCUCUUGUAGCUUUUAACUAGACACUAUUUUGAUAUCUUUUUUCCUGUUGACACUAAUUUCAUAAGCAAAUACAAAAGGGAAAUGAUUCCAGGUUU